UCUCGCCCCAAAUCCGAUUGUUCAAUUCCCUUCACUCUCGCCCCUAUCGACGAAUCUUUUUCCUUCUUCUCCUUCCAUCCGCCUUCGUCGUCUCCAGUGACUAUUAAUCGACCAUCACUCUCGACGUUGGCCACUCCUGUCCCACUUUCCUGCGAACCCCCAUCUCUUUCUGCGCUGCCGCCACUUUCCGAGGCAAAUCCCACUGCCGCCGUCCGUGGAACUAGACGCUUCUCACAGUGUUGAGACCUGUCCGCCCGGUCACUGUCACUGCCAGUCUGAGGAAGCCAGCUUGCAGGAGUUGCUCCGAGUUCACCGCCCUCUUCAUUUGCCGUGGAGCAAGUACUCUGCAAAUAUGCACCAAAUUUCCCGCCUCAUAUCACGACUGUCAUCAACCACUAUAGGCACAAGUGUUUCUGCAUCGAGAUUUCUAAAGGAAAAAACUGCACCUGCUUUUGGUUAUGAAGCAAGUCAUCAACUCAUUAAGACCUGUGGCUUUUCUUCAAAGCCGGGCGGUGGUGGUCAAGAUGAAGGAACGAAUGAAUGGGAAAAUGCUGCUACCGGCGGAUCAUCCUUCGGGUCGGAUGAUCUGGGAUGGGACUCUGUUUCAUCAUGGUCGACUGGUUUGACCAAGGAUCAUUUCGAUGGUGAGAUGGUUGGCAAGAUGUCUAGUAGUUCUGCUGGCAAUGCUGCUUCUCAGUCUUUGGCAAUAUCUGAGUUGCAAGAUCUUGAUGAUAAGUUGAAAGAAUUGGAUGCUGAGAACAGGAAGGGCAAGUCUUUUGUUGAUGGAUGGGGGCAGAGGUUGCGCGAGAUAAGUGGGUUGUUGAAGCAAGUAGAGGAGCCUGGUGCCAGAGGUUCUUACCUUAAGGAUUCAGAGAAGGCAGAGAUGUAUCGAUUGCACAAGGAGAAUCCCGAAGUUUAUACUAUUGAGAAGCUUGCCAAGGACUACAGAAUCAUGAGGCAGAGGCUGCAUGCUAUUCUCUGGCUCAAGGAAGAGGAGGAGGAAGAGAGAAAGCGUGGUCGUGUCUUAGAUGACUCGGUCGAACUUCUGCUUGAUACCUGCCCAGAAUUUUUCAUUUCCCAUGACCGAGAGUUUCAUGUAGCAUCCCUUCCUUACAAACCUGAUUUCAAGGUGAUGCCAGAGGGUUGGGAUGGUACGACCAGGGAUCCUGAUGAAGUCCACUAUGAGAUAUCCAAGAAAGAGGAUGAAAUGCUCUAUCAGGAGUUCGUCCAGAGGAUGGAAUUCAACAAAAUGAAAAUUGCUGGGAAGGUGAAAUGCCACAAAUACAGUAGGCGGCGGCCAGCUGAAGGCUGGAACUUCACGGUGGAGAAAAUGGGACCUCAAGGGAAACGUGGUGGCGGUGGUGGCUGGAAGUUUGUGAGCUUACCAGAUGGGUCUAGCCGACCUCUAAACGAGACGGAGAAAGUAUAUGUGAAGCGGGAGACUCCACGGAGGAGACGCAAGAUUUUCCCAUGAUGAUGAUGAUGACCAAAUCUAGUAUGUCAAGGUAUUAUUAGAAGUUAUAAGAGAACAUGUAGUAGAACGGGUAGCUACUAAAUAAGAAAGAAACAGUGCUGUUGGGUUCUGCAUAUGGCUAGCUAAUAGUCUGUACUUAAGGAUUCUAAACCCGAUUUUAACUCUAUUUUGCACAGGGAAGCGACUUUCUUGUUGGGUUUCAGUAUUGGAAACCUGCAACGGGACAGGUUUGGAGCUUGUUUUCCUGAACUAUUCGCAUUCCCAUUUCCAAAUACUCAAACUCAAACGAAGGAGUUUUGCACCCUAACAUUAUAGCCGAGGUUUUUGGACACUCGUGGAUAAUACCUGUCAUAUAUACCCGCUGUUUUCGUAGGAAUACUUUAGAGCAACUAAGGAAGUCACUUGCAAAACUCCUACGCUAGCUCAGGGUGGUCUGUGAAAGUCGCUUGAUCAACUGAGACUCGAUCACUGUAAACAAGUCUGAUGAUCGGAGGAACCAAUCAUACCCGGGGAGUUUCAUCCAACCCAUCCUUCCUAAUUAGGCUCGAGGUCGAGGCUAUAGUCGAACAGUCAGCCACCAGCCCCAGCAAACUGCAUCAAAACAAAAUCAUCUGUCCAUGAAUGAUUCCUGCAGUUGGACAAUGAUUUCUCAUAGCUCAUGCAGAGACCAAGUGGAACGAGCGGUUGUAUGGAUAUACAGACUGCCAAUUUGUUCACUUGAUCAGUUUAAGUUAGACGAUGUAACAACCUUCACUGAUUAAUGAAGUUACAGAUUUCGAUAAAAAAAACUGCUUACAGCGUGGAG